CCUUGCCGCGGCUCUAUUACAUAAAGAGUUGGCGAGAGCUCUUGACACACUCACUCCCCUACUCUCUCUGCCGUUACUGCCUCACUUCCAUAGCAACAACACAAAAGGAGAACAAUUGAAAACGAUGGCCGAGGAGCAGAAAGUUAUCGUUCCAAGAGUGAAACUGGGUAGCCACGGAUUGGAGGUCUCAAAGUUGGGCUUUGGAUGCAUGGGGCUUUCUGGAAUAUACAAUGCCCCACUCCCUGAAGAGGUUGGCAUUUCAAUCAUCAAGGAAGCUUAUAGCAAGGGGAUUACUUUUUUUGAUACAGCAGAUGUUUAUGGACCUCACACUAAUGAAAUCUUGGUUGGGAAGGCAUUGAAGCAUUUGCCUAGAGAAAAGAUCCAGUUGGCUACAAAAUUUGGUGUUUUUCCAAACAUUUCUGAAAUCAAGAAUCCUGCAAUCAAUGGCAGUCCUGAAUACAUCCGUGCAUGUUGCGAUGCUAGCCUGAAGCGUCUUGAUGUGGAGUACAUUGAUCUCUACUAUCAGCACCGUGUCGACACGUCCGUUCCAAUAGAGGAAACUAUGGGAGAGCUUAAGAAGUUAGUGGAAGAGGGAAAAGUUAAGUAUAUUGGAUUAUCCGAAGCAAGUCCCGAAACAAUAAAGAGGGCACAUGCAGUCCAUCCCAUUAGUGCAGUACAAAUGGAAUGGUCACUUUGGUCUCGUGACAUUGAAGAAGAAAUAAUCCCACUUUGCAGGGAACUUGGAAUUGCAGUAGUUCCAUAUAGCCCUAUCGGUCGCGGUUUUUUUGGUGGCAGAGCAGUCGUGGAAAGUUUGCCUUCGGAGUCUGUGCUGAAAAUUUAUCCAAGGUUCACGGAAGAAAAUAUCGAGAAGAACAAGGUGUUUUAUACUCGAAUAGAAAAACUGGCGGCAAAGCAUGGCUGUACUCCUGCUCAGCUUGCCCUUGCUUGGGUUCUCAAUCAAGGGGAUGAUGUGGUGCCUAUCCCUGGAACCACUAAGAUUAAAAAUAUGUAUGACAAUAUUGGAUCAUUGCAAGUUAAGUUGACAAAAGAAGACUUAAAGGAAAUCUCAGAUGCUGUUCCCAUUAAUGAAGUGGCUGGAGUAAGAUCUGCGCUGUUCCACCUUACAUGGAAGUUCGCUGACACACCACAACCUAAAAACAGCCAAGUCUGAACUUGAUAUGUACGUGAGAGCAAAGGGUUGCUGCUACGUUAUAUUUUGGCUUGUUAAAUAAAUUCCAUCUCGGACAAGUUUUAUCAUGGUGAAGAGGGAACAAAAUAAUGUAGUGUCAUACCCUAGUGUAUACAACUUCCUGUACAAAUCUUGGACAACCUAAAAAACAGUAUUUCUGGUACCUUUGUGCAGACAACUUCCUGGAAAAUUUAUAAAAGCUGCUGAAAGUCUUUGAAGGUU